AUGGAUAAUGAAGCAAAAAGUCGGAAUUUCAAAAUUAUAGCAGACAGUAGGGGAAUAGGUAAACAUGGAAUCUGCCCAAAAAAACUCGCGUGGCCUAGCGUCUUUGCUCUGGAUGCCAAUUCAUUCUUAUCACCACCUUCCAAGAACCUUCCUCAACCAAGCCCCAACCCAUGCCCAUGUGGCCUCGCCAAUGACCGUCAUCAGGCACUGGCACCCCACCUCCACCUUAAAUUUGUUUCCUCAAUCAACACCCAUCGAUUUCAAGAUCCACGCCGCCUGCUUCCGGUUCGAUUCAAACCCAUGGCCACCAAGUUGGAAGACACGCCGAUGAAGGGUACCGGCGACGACAACAAUAAAGGAGGUAAAGUGGAAGAACCGGCUGAGGCAAUUCCGCCGCCGCCGGAGAAGCCCGAGCCUGGAGACUGUUGCGGGAGCGGGUGCGUACGGUGCGUUUGGGAUGUGUAUUACGAGGAGCUUGAGGCUUAUAAUAAGCUUUAUAAAUCAGAUCCCAAGGACUCGACACCCAAUUCAUCUUAAAUUGUAGUAUUUUUUUUCCUUUUUCAUUUCUGUUGUGAUUUAAGUUCGUCGAUUAUUGUUGUCGGGUU